CUGGAUGCUAUGUGUAUGUUGUUCCCUUCAUUUUUGGGUGAACUAACUCUUUAAGAUUAUAUGGUGAUAUUAGGAUUCAAUAUACUAACAACUGUAUUUCACAGGUUCUGAAGCCUAAAAAAGGCUAUGUAUUUUUUUGAUUCAACUCACCCCUACGGGAUUUGUGAUGUAAAAUAUGUGACUGUCUUCAGGUUGCAUUACAUAUAUAAAUAUUAUGUUCAGAGUUCGCAGUUCAAGGUUUGCUGUUCAAAGUUCGUUGUUCCAAAGUUUGCUCUUCAUUGAUGUUCACUGCUGAUUGUUCUGUGCAUGAUGUUCAUUUGCAUGAUGAUCUGCAUGCUGUUUUUAUAUUCUAAAUUUUAAAUGUUGUUUUUGCAAUUCAGUCAGGGGUAAUUUUUUUUUGUUUUAGAGUAAAUAUACGUUGCUUUUUUUGUCCAAUUUUUUUGGUUAUAAUAUAUUAAAAUAUUUCUGUUUGAUUUUGUUGCAGUAAAUUGACAAACAGAAUCGCUCCAGGACCAUGGAAGCUGAUCAAGAACAAUAAUGUUCCACAACAGCUGACUGGCUCCGUGGACUGUGGGAUCUUCAUGCUGAUGUAUGCUCUGCACAUGGUCUUUGAGGCACCCUUUGAUUUUACAGCUUCGGAUUUUCCUCUUAUUCGAAAAUGGUGGUGCCUUAUUCUCAUGGAGAAUUUUGCCAUUGAAAGGAAACAUGCUGCCGUUGAUGUGCAUGAGCCACCUAAAGCACAAGAAGACACCGAAACCGGCGACAUGGAACCACAGAUGGUCAGAGACCUCAGGACCGCAGUUGGAUGGCUGCGGAACAACUGCCACUCCUUCAGAGGUUCUGUGCAAGAGCCAUCAUAUCUGAACCUAGAAAAGGAAGAACAGGAAGAGGCCCUUCUUAAACUUGAUCGGGCGGAAAGAAAAGAUGAUCUGGAACUGGCCAAAGAGCCUUUCAUGUUUCGGUUCCAGUUUCAACAGGACAUGGAAGUUUUUCUUUUCGAAUGUCACGACGAAAGGCACCUCAGAAUAAACUCCAUGUUUAUGGAGUUUUCAUUUGUUAUUUAUUUUUCUCUUGAGAAUUAUUGAUGUAAAAUUUGUGCCUGUAUAACUUUUAUAAGAUUUAUUUUCUUUGGUUUGAUUUUGUUUUAUAUAAUUUAUCUAGUUUGAUUUUGUAAUUUUAUUUAAUUAGAAAACAGCUAGUGUGUGAUUUUAUUUAAAACUCAUUUUAUUAAAUUAAUAUUUUUUUGUGUUUUCAGUCCAUCAUAUUAUUGUGUAUGGUGGUCUAUGUUGUUUGAGUAUUUAAAUUUAUUUUCAACUGAAUAAAAUGUUCAAACUCUCAAGCUUUAUUUUCAUUGGAUUAUUUAUUUUUAAUUUUAUGCUUUGUCUAAUGUAUAAUAUUGUUAAUCAGUCUUAAAUA